GUCAUGCUUCGUUCUGUCAGCGCGCUCCGGCUCCUUGCGCUCCUGUUGCUGCUGAGCAUGAGUUCAGCUGUUGAAAAUAACGCCACAGAGUCCGUAAGUCCUCAGCUGGUCCCUGAAACUCAGGACCCGCCGACCGAUGAAGACACAAACCAGGCGAGGAAUAGAGGGAGACGGCCUUCUGACUCUCUGCGUGAUGGGCCAGACCAGAGCCAGGUGGGCUGCAGGGAGUUGAGGUCCACGAAGUACAUCUCUGAUGGCCAGUGCACCAGUGUCAACCCUAUCAAGGAGCUGGUGUGUGCUGGGGAGUGUCUGCCAGCUCAGCUGCUGCCCAACUGGAUUGGUAGAACUCACACUGGGAGGUACUGGAGCCGCCGCGAUGCUCAGGAGUGGCGCUGUGUUAUCGAUCGAACCAGGACCCAGCGGAUCCAGCUGCAGUGCCACGAUGGGAGCACGAGGACCUACAAGAUAACUGUGGUGACCUCCUGCAAAUGCAAGCGCUACACCAGACAGCAGAACGAUUCACGACACAAGGACACAUCUGGAAAUACUGGUAAACAGAGGAAGAAUCAGGGGAGGCCUGGACUGCUGGAGAUGAAUGCUGGGAGCGAGUCUGCUAACUGAAACCUGAUUUCACAGCUACAAAGAAAGAACCUUCAUAUUGUCACUAUAAAUGUUUUUGUAUGAACUAUAAGUGUGCAGAAUAGAUAUAAACAAAGGUGAAUAGUAUAGUGUUAUCUCCAUAUUUAGUUUAAUACAGUGAUUAGUCUGUAGACCAAAAUAUAGCUCAUUUGUUCCCAUGAAAUAUGUUUGUCAUCUGCAACAAAGAACUCGGCUGCAACUAUUCAGAAAGCAGUCUA